AUGAGCAUGGGGUUUCUCAAGAGAUAUCAAUACCGUGAUGUUGUUGAGGUAAAAGCUGAGAGGCGCCCAGUCAAGAUCAUUUACAACGAGGCAAACAAGACGCAGUUUGAAUUCACCUUCUCACACGUCAUCCAACAGUCCAGGACAGAACUAGAGAAGCAAAGGUUGUACCAGUCAACAAGAACGCAGGUCCAACAGCUAACAGAGCUGAUCCAACUGCUGGAGUCGCACAGGGCCUCCCUCCUGAGUGAGUUGGAGCCGAGCAGCUCUACAGUGCGUACUGGGAAUUCAGCCACCUGGCAGAGCCAUGUAUGGGGCCAGCCGGUCUGUUCUUCACUGUGGGAUCUCUCGUUGAAUCAAGACGCAAAUCGAACCUUGAGGACAAGCCCGAGCGAGCAUGAGGUAUCGGGCCAUAGGACUCAAGGACAAGGCGAUUGCCCUCCAUACACAGAAACGGUGCCUUCACACCAGUCAUAUCACUGCAAUCGCAUGAUAGUCGGGACGGGUCCAAGGCUUCGAUGUUCUUCCUACGAGCACGAUGAUAGAGAGAAUGGGAGCAGCAAGCGGCACGAGUCCAACCUCCCCGGCAAGAUCGUCCUCACCGCUGAGACUGCCUGCGAGAUCUACGCCAUGAGGCCCUCCCGCUCCGACGACAGCAAGGGGGAGGCGCGAGGGGGCGACGAUUCCAAUGAGGCUUCUUCGUUUGUGAGCGAUCAUGAUGAUGCUCCUGAGAUCUUAGCAUGGGAACAAGGAGAUUCUUCGUAUGGAGGAACCUUGCGCCUGAUCAUCGGAAGUCUACAAGUAGCCGGGAGUACAGCCGCGAGGCUCAGCUUCAAGCGAGGGCCGCAUUGCAUCCGAUCAUCGGAUGCUUCGUUGAAGUUGGAAGUGACUCCGCCCGGGUCACUCACCGUCAAAUAA